AUGGGGUCAGCAGGCCUGGCUCGGCUGCAGGGGCUUUUCGCCAUCUACAAGCCCCCGGGGCUAAAAUGGAAGCAUCUACGGGAUACUGUGGAGCUGCAGCUUCUGAAAGGUCUAAAUGCUGGGAAGCCUCCUGCCCCUAAACAGCGUGUUCGCUUCCUGUUGGGCCCCGUGGAAGGCAGCGAAGAGAAGGAGCUGACCCUCACAGCCACCCGUGUGCCCACACUCAUCGACCAUCCCCUGGUUCGUGGACUCGCAUUCACCAGCCUAAAGGUUGGCGUGGGACACCGACUGGAUUCCCAGGCAUCUGGGGUGCUUGUGCUCGGCGUGGGACACGGACGCGGGCUCCUCACUGACAUGUACAACGCUCACCUCACCAAGGAUUACACCGUGCGCGGCGUCCUGGGCAAAGCCACAGACGACUUCUGUGAGGACGGGCGGCUGGUGGAGAAGACGACAUACGACCACGUGACCAGAGAGAAGUUGGACCGCAUCCUGGCUGUGAUCCAGGGUUCCCAUCAGAAGGCUUUGGUGACGUACUCCAACCUCGACCUACAGACCCAGGAGGCCUACGAGAUGGCCGUGAGCGGCGUGAUCCGGCCCAUGAACAAGUCCCCGAUGCUGAUCACUGGCAUCCGAUGCCUCCAGUUUGCACCUCCGGAAUUCCUCUUAGAGGUGCAGUGCAUGCAUGAGACACAGAAGCAGCUGCGAAGGCUGGUGCAUGAAAUCGGCCUGGAGCUGAAGAGCACCGCUGUCUGUACACAGGUGCGGCGGACACGAGACGGCUUCUUCACCCUGGAUGACGCCCUCCUGAGGACCCAGUGGGACCUACCGAGCAUCCAGGAUGCCAUCCAAGCUGCAGCACCCCGGGUGGUGGCAGAGCUGGAGAAGAGCUUAAGGCCUUGGCUGGGCACCCAGGAGCCCCCUGGUGCAGGCCAGCCCUGGGACUCCGAGAGGCCACGCUCUGCCUUGGGGCCAGAGAGCCAUGUGGGGCACUGA